UUCGCUGCCGAGAGCCACCGGGCGUAUACGUGAUAAAUACAAAUUGCAACUAUCUUAUUAGAUUCCAAUACAAUGGCGGCCAAUAAUAUACCCGACUGGAUCACAGCGGACCUGUUCCAAGAUGUGCUGGAGGCAAAUAUCGAGGGGUACUCCAAAGUCCGGAACUUCAAGGCGGACAGCGGAUCGGCGGCGGGUGAGAACUACGCCACGAUCAUGUUGAGGGUGCAUAUUGAAGUGGAGCUGAAGGACGGCAAAACGAAACAAGUAUCGUAUAUGGUCAAGCUCCCCCAUCAACUGGAAGCCUUCAGAGAGAUGAUGAAGACCACAAACAUCUUUGAAAUUGAACGGACUAUGUACGAUGAAGUGGUUCCCGAAAUGGAAUCCAUUUACAGGGAUGCAGGAGUGGACAUAGUGUUUGGAGCCAAAAGCUAUGAUCUCAAGAAUGCAAAGAGCGAUUACGUCGCCUUGGAAGACCUAGGUAUUAAGGGCUUCAAGAACGCCAACCGCCUCGAGGGACUCGACCAAGCUCACACCGAAAGGGUUCUCCAGAAGUUGGCCCAGUGGCAUGCCGCCUCUGCCGUGCGCGUGGCAACCCGAGGUCUUUAUCCCAAAAUCCUAUUGGCAGGCUUUUUUAAGGAGGAAAACCGAGCAAUGAUGGCGGAAAUGAUGAAGGGCAUGGGCGGGAGGUUUGUGCGUUCGUGUGCCACCUACGAGGGUAACGAGGUUUAUUUAGAGAAGGUGAAAGCAAUUCAACCCCUUUUGGUAGAAAAAUUGAUGCAAUUUUCUAAAGCGGACCCAACGGAGUUCAAUGUGCUUAACCAUGGCGAUUCCUGGUCCAAUAAUAUUAUGUUUCAGUACGAUGCAUUUGGCAAAAUUAAAGAGGUUUAUCUGGUGGAUUACCAGAUUCCUAAAUAUGGAACAGUAGCGCAGGACCUGCUCUACUUUUUGAUUUCGUCUACCAAGUUGGAAGACAAGCUAAGCAAGUUCGAUUACUAUAUCAAAGUAUACCACGAUUAUCUAGUUGAGCACCUAAAACUCCUGAAAUAUUCCAAGCCCAUUCCCACCCUUCGUGACAUACACCUGUCGUUGUUCAAAUACGGAUUUUUCGGCUACUCCGUUGCCACUGGCGUUAUGGCAGCCGUUCUUUUGGAUCCCACCGAUAAAGCCAGUUUUGAAAACUUCCUGGGAGAGACUGCCGAGGGGGUCGAUUUCCAGAUGCAAAUGUACAACAAUGCCCGCUACAGGAAACACAUACAGCUGAUCCUUCCUUGGUUGCUCAACCGCGGCUCUUUGGAAUAGAAAAUGUCCAUUAAUUACGCCACCAAACAACCCAUUGAGUAAGAAUUUAGUGGGACCUCCGAUUGAUAAGGCUAUCUUUUUCUGUAUGCGAUUAUUUUGAAUGGUAUUAAUAAACGUUAAGUGUCGAACGAUAAAGGAGUUCAAUCAUUUGGCGAAAAUCACAA